AGCGCUCCAUCUUCCAGGCGGACAGACGGGAGCGCACCAGCAGUCUGCCUGACUCCCCGACCGCGUCGCACCUCUGUCCCGCCCCACUCGGCUACUUUCUCGUCGCUUCCACUUAAAGAGGAUAAAGAGGGAAUUCUCGGUGCAAAGCAAAACCCUAAUUCGGGAGGUUUAAGUUGGAUGUUUCCUCCGUGUUGGUAUGGCUUAAUAACAAAGUUUCCUGUCUUACCCUGUGAAAAAGAGGAGGAGAGGAGCGGAACUUUCAGCGGACCUUUUCUUGCACCGGAGUAACCGCUGGUUUUAACCCAGGAGGUCACAUCUGCCAUCGGCUCCGUUUCUCUCUAGCCUGGCUGCGGAGGUGGAUGGUAUGGUAUAACUUUUACACUCCAGUCAAACCUGAGCGGCCAGUGUGAGAGAGGAGCCGUUUUAUAGUACCGGAGAGGGGAUGCGAGCCUCUCCUCCGUCUCGGAUAGCGGAGCGGCUAUGAGGAGAGAGGAUCACCUGCUGGGCUAACGGAACAAGACCACACCGCACUAACAGAAUGCGGGAACGGGGUCCUAGCAUUUGCGGAGUAGGUGUGUGGAGCCUACUGCUGUCCCUCUGUCUGGCCUCCCUCACACAGGCACACAGGAGCCACACAGUGCAUGUGAAGGCAGGGACGUGUGAGGUGAUCGCUGCCCAUCGCUGCUGCAACAAGAACAAGAUCGAGGAGAGAUCUCAGACUGUCAAAUGUUCCUGCUUCCCUGGACAGGUCGCUGGCACCACCCGGGCCAUGCCCUCCUGUGUUGAUGCCUCCAUUGUAGCCCAGAAGUGGUGGUGUCAGAUGCAGCCGUGUAUGGAUGGUGAGGAGUGUAAGGUUCUCCCAGACCUCACAGGAUGGAGCUGCAGCACAGGCAACAAAGUCAAGACCACAAAGGUGACUCGAUAGUCCUGCCCGUCUCAAGAAGAGCAGAAAUGAUGGUGGAGUUACUUACACAGCACAAUGGACCUAUGGUGAGGAAACACACUCAGACGGACUUCUAUGAGGAACUAGUAAUUGUUUCCUUUUCCUGAGGAUAUCAAAGAUGUGGAGGCUGAAGAGACAGGACUCUAAUACCGUCUUCCAUCACCUUAAACACAACUGAGUGUACUUGAUUUGUUAGAAGUCUGCAUCACCCACAAUCCUUUACUGCUACUACAAACAACAAC